GCACCAACGCUCCCUCGCUUUUGCUCCGUGUUACCUCCGUCCUAGGGUUUCUCCGGGGAGGGAAGAUUCCUGGUGCGGUCUCUGGGCAGGACAACGGCCAAUUUCUCGUCGGCGGCUGCUGGACUCUGGCCAGUGAUUGGAAAGACGAACCGGAUUAUCGACCCGGUUUCAUCACGUAAACCGGUUCUUUCCAAGAGAAAACCCUUUUCCGCCCACCAGAGUCUCGUCUCGUGCGAGAGGAAGAAAGAGGGGGAAGGAGGGGACGCCAUCUCUUCCGUCUUCCGCAGUGAGGGCUUUCUUGUCGCGCGUCCCUCUCUUUCCGUCCUCUUGCAAAGUCGCAGCAGCAGCUUCCCCAGCAUCGCGGCAUCCUCUGGUGAAAGAAACCAGGUUCUGGUGAACCACCCUGAAGUUUGUGCUACUGCCUUCUUCCUGUUCCUCCCUCUCCUCAGUUACCUUUAUUUAUUCAACUUUAAACAUUUUGAGGCAUCAUGGCUACAACUUUGGAGUCUCAGUUGAAGACAAUAAGGUUACUAGUGCAAGGGGAUUCUUCAGCACCAAAGCGUCCUAUAACUCGUCCUUCCAUCCUAUUUGAUCCAAAAGAAGCUGCAGAUAUUGACCUUGAAACCAUAUUCUCUAUAGCAAUUUCAGGCUUGAAUAUUCUCAUAGAGACCGAUGAGCGCUUCAGAUGUUAUAAAAAUACUCUCUUUAGCCAGAAAAGCUUGGACAUGGAUAGAGAAGUUAUGACUGUUGAGGAAAACAACAAAAUUAAUUCCUCAAUUUCUUCAUAUCUGCGGUUGCUAUCAGGAUAUCUGCAACUUCCCUCUGCCCAGAAAACACUUGAAUAUUUGAUCCGACGAUGCAAGGUUCAUAUUUACAAUGUUGAUGAACUGGUUAUGUGUAUAUUGCCUUACCAUGAUACACAUGUAUUCGUUUGCAUAGUGCAAAUAUUGGAUUUGAGCAAAAAUAAGGUUUGGAGCUUUCUGGAGGGUGUUAAGAGUUCUGGUGCUCCAAUGCCAAGAAAGACAAUUGUUCAACAAUGUCUUCGUGAUGUUGGGGUUUUAGAAGCUGUGUGCAGUUAUGUGAUGCCGGAGAAGAAGUUUUUGCAUUCACAGACUGUUGUUUGCUUUUGUAUGGCUCUUAUAGUUGAGAUUGUUGGUAGCAUGCUUUCACUAGAUAACAAUAUGGUAAAAAGGGUUCUUCCUCUUGUAUUUGCAUCACUGAAUUCAUCAAUCCGCAGCGCUGAUUACAAGGCUGGUGCAAUGAUGAUGGUGGGUGUGAUAUCAAGUCGAGCAGCCUUAGCACCGGGUCUUGUUCAAGAUUUGAUUAUUUCACUUGCAAAGCUGGCACAUCAAGAAGCUGGAGAACAAGGUGACUUGUCCUGGCUUCACAUGUCCCUUAUGGGCAUUAUAAAUAUUGUUCAGUCGCAAUCUGUCAAAAUGCUGCCUUGGAGAUGCGUGAAAGUUCUAAAAGAAAUCAGGGAAGUUCCAGCAGUUCUAAGUAAUUUGUUGAAGGAGUAUAACAUCGACAAGUUUCUAUGUUUUUACAUGGAAUCCUUAGUCCAUUACUGUUCUUCUGAUGAUUCUUGUCAUCUCGCAUUGAUUGGACUAAUCGAAAGAAUUCCCAUGACAAAUUUUAUCAUCGCUCUUGUUUCCAAGUUACUAGCUAUUUGUGCCAAGGGUUCAAGGAAAAUAACAGCCUCAGAUUCACUACCUGAAUCAGGGGUUUGGGCCGUUAAAAUAUUGCUUGCUUUAGAUAAGCAGUAUCCGAAGGAAUUGGCUAAUGCAGUGCAUGAGUUUGUUAAGAACCCAAACACAAAGUGUGGUGAUGCUGCUUUUGAGAGUGCAGGCUUGAUGUUUGAUCUGGGGCCAAAGUUGCCCGUGGAGGUAUCUAAUUUGAAGCUGUGGUUCACACUUGAACAUCCAAGGGCUGAGGUUCGUCGAGCUGCUUUGUCAGAUUUAGCUAAAGCUGAGAAAGAGAAAUGCAUCAGUAAGAAGAUUACAGUAAAUGUUCGAGAAUCAUUACUACGUAGGCUUCAUGAUGAUGAUCUUACUGUUGUUCAAUCAGCUCUGACUGUGGAUGGGUUAUGUGGACUGAUCGAUCCUGCUGUCUUUAUCAAAGCUUUGCAGGAUAUAACCUUAAGAUGCUGCAACAUUCUAAAGACAGGUGUAACGAGAUUCAAUGCUAUUGCAUGUGAUAUUGCUGUGUCCUGCCUUACCCAUGGAGUAAACGAGCUGGAAAAAUGUAAAGCCAGCCAUAAAGAGAUCGCAACAAUUUUUUUUCCUUUGCUUCUGGUUCUUCCCAAGACAUGGAAGUUGAAUUUGAGGGCAUUGGAGUUGGCUAAGGCAGUGGACUGGCCGUUCUUUAAGUCUCUUGCAGACAAUAAGGACUUGGAGACCAUGAAGGAAACAAAGAAGCUUGAAAUUUUUGCAUCUUCUGUGAACAUGGAGACUAUUGCAGUCUUGUCUCAGAAUUUCACAAGACAUCCAGCGAGAUACAUUCCUUGGUUGAUGGAGUGCUGUAUGGUAUGUGAGCUGUCAAUGCCAUUUGUUCUCAUGAUCAUGCUGAGAUCCUUUAUGAUGCAGAAAAAAGCUACAAGGACUGCACAUUUUCUUGGUCUGUUUGAAGCGUGUUUUCCUGUUCUGAAGUCUGAGUGGCUCGUUGUGGAAGCCAACGGUGUUGCAAUGCUUGCUGAUGAGGUGAAGUUGGGAGAACUGGAGAAUAUUUUUUCUGAAUACAAUAUUUAUUGUCAAAUUGAGUCAAAAUCUGAGGUUGUGAAUGCAAAUCUUAUUGUUUCUACCUGUUGGGUCCUUUUGGAGACAUUUCGCAUCUGGGUUCAUGGAGAUGAUAAGGCUAAGAGUCAACAGUAUGAUCACGUGUUUGAGGACCUUUUUAUUUUCUUUGCUACAUCACAGUCCAAGGGCUUGUUUAAGGAGCAUCUACGUUUGCUUGUCACAAGUUGCAGUCUUGAUCCUGUUCUUUGUUUGUCUAAUUUCUAUUCAGAUGAAAGAUUUCCAGUGCCAGUGCAAGUCGAAAGUCUUAAUUUGCUUGCCACUCUUUUUUCUACUUUGGCAUCAACCACAGAGAUCACAGUUCAAAAUAUCAACUUUAGCAGUCUCCAACUUGCAUUUCCUGCAGUUCUUGUGCCACUCGCUAGUGCUGAGCAGGCAGUAAGAGCUGCUGCGGCCGAUUGUGUGGAAAGGCUUUACAAACUCGGGUGUCAUAUAAAUACUUCAUCCAAGCAAAAUGGGAAUAAAAUUAUGCUAGAUGAUGAAUUUUUUUUGCAUUCAUGCUGGGAAGUCCUUGAGUUGAUAAUGCAACAGAAAAAGAUGAUAUGUCUAGAUCAGAAUUUCUUCCAAUUAUUUAUGAAGUCUUUGUUAAGUUCUAGAUCAGACCUUCUUGUGCCACAGGAUCUUGAUAGAAGGUUUGAUCAUGAUAAGAAGGCAGAGAUCAUGGGCUUUAUCUUGAGGACUGCAGUAAACUUGCCCCACCAUGGAAAGUUUGUGUUAUUGUCAAUGCUCAAGGGAGUGGGUAAUAGGUUGUUAUUUGUGGAGGAGACAAAACUUCUGUUAUCUGACCUUCUGAGAAGACGCAGUUUGUACAUUUUGGGGCCAUUGAAUCAUGAGCAAAAGCUGUUGGAAGUUGAAACUGGGAUCUUGUGUGUGUUGUUGGAGGGUUGGUCAUCUAUGUUGUGUCCUUCCAAAGAAGAUAUUAUUUGUGAGAAUAUUUUCAAAGCCUUAAAGGUUGACAACACGUCCAAGGAGUUGGUGAUUGUCAAGCCAUGUUUAGCUGUAUUGCGAAGUCUCACCACUGACUUCUAUGAUGGUUUGAGAACUGAGUUGCAGGAUGAAUUAUUCCAACGCCUUGUUAACCUUGCUCGGAAUGAAAAUGCCGACAUACAAAAAGCUGCAAAAGAUGUUCUCAUGAAAGUACAUGUGACCAGUCUUACCAUAAACAGGCAGCUUGACCUUGUUCAAGAUCACAUGAAAUUUCAUUCUUGUGGUGCAUCCAAAAAAUUAAAGCUGCAAAAGGAACAUGAUCUUAAUCUGUUCGCUAGUGAAGAAGGGAUUCUACAUUUUCUGUUCUCUCUGUUUGAUGUCUUGUUGUUGAAGAAGAAUUUAGAAAACAGGUCUUCUGUUAUUGAAGUUCUUAUUGAGCUUCUCUAUAAGACUUCAGACAGUGAGUGGACUUCUGGAGUUACCAGUGAAUGUAAUAUAUGUUAUGGUGCACGUGCUCGAUUGGAUGCUUCUACACCAGUGGACUUGAUCUAUCAUAUUCAACAAGCGAUUCUAUCUGUUUUAGACGACAUAGCUGCUUCAUUGCUUUCUAAUCUCCUUUUGGAGAAACCUAUCCUCAAGGACAUCAAUGUUGAUCUCUUAAUUAAGUUCAUGCAUCGGGUGGAGGAACGCACGGCUCGCAAUCAAGCGUUUACAUUGAUAACAUCUCUCACCAAGCUGGUUCCUAGUCAAGUCCUGCCUCAUAUGAUUGACAUAUGUACUAUGGCUGGUGAAUCUACAAUAAAACAGGAUGAUACCCAUUCUCAAUGUGUCUUUGAGAAUGUGAUCUCCACAUUGGUUCCUGCUUGGCUAUCCAACUCAAAUGAUGUAACAAAGCUUCUCCAGAUUUUCAUUGAAGUGCUUCCACAAGUGUCUGAGGGUCGACGGAUCACCCUUGUAACUUGCCUAUUGAGAGCUUUGGGUGAAAGCAAGAGUCUGGGUUUACUACUUGUUCUCCUUGUUCGGUCUCUGGUCGAGAGGAUGGGCAGAAAUUUGUCUACAGAGGAUGUGUCUAGUUCAGUGUUUGUUGAGGCACAAUGGGAGUACAUAUUUGCUGAUCAGAUAUGUCUGCAGUAUUCAUGCACAGUGUGGCUUCCGUCUUUCCUCAACUUGUUGAACAAUAUUGGGACAGAUAAUUUUAGCCUCCAAAAAGCAUCUGAGUUGCAGGUUGCCAUGAGAUUCAUCCUUCACAAGAUGGAGGAUACAGAAUUAAUGUUCAAGGUAGAGGCCGGACAUGAUAGUGACAACCUACAGGGAAUGUUCAGCGCUGUUAUGGAGCAUGUGAUUUUGCAUUCACAAACUUCUGACUUGAGAAUGAAGAAACUGAGGUUUCCAACAACUUUAAGGAAGGAGUUGCGCAGAUCUACUCAGCUUCUUCUGCACACCCUAAUGAAGUAUAUGGUUCCCUCAGCAUUUUUUAUGGGCAUCACAAAGUUAGUGAGGCAUGUGGAAGGAAAUUUAAGAAAGAAGGCUCUUGAGUUGCUCUGUGAAUACGUGAAGGGUGAUGUUCUGGCUUCCAAGAAGCCUAAGACAAGAAAGCAAACAAGUAAACAUCUGAUUGCUUCUGAUCUUGAAACGGAUGGAUAUUUUAGCGAUAUGAGUCGAGAAAUUAUUCAGUUAGUGGAUACUGCAAGUGAUUGCUCAGUUAAGCUGGCAGCUAUUUCAGCGGUUGAAGCUCUGUCGGAUAAAUACCCGUGUGACUCUUCCAUUUUACUGUCAUGCCUUACCUCUGUCUCAAAACAGAUUGACUCUGAGAACAUGGCCAUAUCUGCUGGCUGUCUAAGAAGCACAAGCGCUUUGAUCAGCAAGCUUGGUGUAGGUGCAUUGCCAUUGCUUCCUUCAGUUGUGGCGCAAGUACUAGAAAGAGCUCGUGAUGUCACAAGCACACACAACAAUGCUACUGGGGACAACAAUUUGGCCCAAAGUGAAACUUCUUACGGGAGUUCUCUUCUCUUAUCUGUUCUAACCACAUUGGAGGCAUUAGUGGUUAGUGUUGGUGGCUUUUUGAAUCCAUAUCUUCAGGACAUAAUUGAGCUGUUAGUAUUCAUGUCUGCAUCAGAUCAUAAGAUAAAGCAGCAAGCUUCAACCGUCCGGGAACUACUUUGUGAAAAGAUUUCCGUUCGUCUAAUUCUUUCUCCGUUGAUGAAAAUAUAUCCUGCGGCUGUCAACCACGGGGAGCUUAGUGUAUCAAUAACUUUCAAGAUGAUAGCUGCAUUAAUCAGUAAGAUGGACAGAGCAUCUGUGGGAACUUAUCAUGCAAAGAUCUUUGAGCAAUGCCUGGUUGCACUUGAUCUUCGUCGCAGGCACCCUGUAUCCCUGAAAGAUGUCAACACAGUUGAAGAAAGUGUUAUUAAUGCCAUGGUGGUGCUAACGAUGAAACUCACUGAGGGUCUAUUUAAACCUGCCUUUUGUAAGACUCUGGAAUGGGCAGAUUCUGAACUAGAAGAAGGUUCUACUGGAAGAAAAAAUAUAGAUCGGAAUAUCGCCUUCUAUAAGUUAGUAAAUAAGCUUGCUGAAACACAUAGGUCUCUUUUUGUUCCUUAUUUCAAGUACCUAACUGAGAGUUGCAUACACCAUCUAACCGAUGCUGAGGAGCAGUCUUCUGUUUCAGCAACUCAAAAGCGAAAGAAGACAAAACUUAGAAACUCAAAUCAAAGUGGGGGGGAUCUGAAGCAACUUUCUUCUGGCCAAUGGCAUCUAAGAGCGCUGGUCAUAUCUUCCUUGCAUAAAUGCUUCCUUUAUGAUACUGGAAAUCUCAAAUUUCUAGAUUCUUCAAAUUUUCAGGCCCUUUUGAAGCCUCUCGUUUCUCAACUUGUAGUAGAAAUGCCAGCAUUAUGCGACCAAAAUCUGGUAAUGCCCACAGUUGAAGAAGUUGAUGAUCUACUGGUUUCAUGCCUGGGCCAAAUGGCCUUGACAGCUGGAACGGACCUCUUAUGGAAACCCCUAAAUCAUGAGGUGUUGAUGCAAACACGUAGUGAGAAGUUACGGCCACGAAUCCUUGGACUGAGGGUAGUUAAGCAUCUGCUUGAUCAUCUCAAAGAAGAGUAUUUGGUCUUCCUGCCCGAAACAAUCCCUUUCCUUGGUGAACUUCUUGAAGAUGCUGAUCUUGAAGUUAAGUCUCUCGCUCAGGAUAUUCUUCGGGAAAUGGAGAAGCUCAGUGGCGAGAACCUCCGGCAGUACCUAUGAUUUUUAUCUAUGAAUUCAUCCUGUUGAUUGGAAUUCACGUUCUUUAGUGGUGGAGUUCCACCAGUGCUAGCCUGCACGUGGGGAAUGAAACUGAUGCCCACACAAGGAUGUAGAAGAAAAUAUCUAGUAUCGCAGUAUGAGAACAUCUUCACGGACUCGCACAACAAUAGGCUGGGGACCUGCAUACGGAAUCCCUGUUGAAAUUUUGUAGGUCUUUUUCUUCUUUUUCCGGGUCGUUUUGUCAUAGCCACUGUAUUUAAGGUCUAUUAUUUGCGGAUUUGAAAAAAAAUGUAUGUAUGUGAGGCGUUCUAGUUAGUCAGGGUUACAGGGAUGAAUGUGCAGGACAAUGUCUCAUGAAAUGAAAAUUAUCCCAUUUUUUAUUUAGGCUA